AUGCCCGAUCCCACAGUCUCAGAGCACCGCCGCCGCCGCCGUACCAGAAUCCCAUCGGAGACGGAGAAAGCGUGGCACAUCCUUUCAAUUCUGCUCACUCUCCGCCGCCCCGCUGCUCCGGAGGAGUUGGCGAAGCGGUGCCAGUUGUUCGCCGCGACGGCGGACAAGGUACUCAGCCUCUGCUCGAUCCCUAAUUCUCCGAUCACGGAGGAGGAAGGACUGGUCACGGUGACAGUGGCGGCGAUUACGGCUUUGGGAGAGUUCGUGCCGGAGUCGAUGAUGGUUAUGGAAAUGGAUAUGUUAAGGAGUUUUUAUCCGAACGCCGAGAUCAGGAAAAGGAAGGCGGCGGAUUUGGAGUAUCCGCCGGCGAAAAGGAGACUGCUUUUUCGGAAUGAGGAUGGUGAAGCAGAUGGAGUGUUGGUUUGUCAUCACAAUAUGAUUGAGGGAAAUUUGAAUAAUGAGAGAGCUUUGGUCCCUUUACAUCUUGACUACAAUGCUGAGCUUUCGUGUCUUCAAAUGGUAAUUUAUGAACAUGAGGAAGAAGGUGAUGCUGGUGUUUGGCCGAGUGCUUUGAUGCGUGAGGAGAGCGCUGGAUCGUUAGAUGCGUGCAAUGUACUCGAUAAUCUGCACAAAGCUGAAGCAGGGAUAUGCAAUAAACAGCCAAUUCAAGUUGUUCGAGGUGAGCGAUGCUUCUUUGAUUUGAAUUUACCUCCAUCAAGUUCAAAUUGGGAUGAUUUGGCCGGUAGCGAGAGGUUAAAACAUGACAAGGACUUUACUGGCACAAUUUUCUUACAAGAAGCACAAAGCAACUUAGGUGGCAUUCAUGAAUCUCAUUCUUACAAAGCCUCAAUGGAUCAAUUGAAAGAUGAUGCAGAACCUAUUGUCCAAAGUACUGUGAAGGAAGGUUUUGUUGCAGAAGGAGAUGGUAAAAAGUUUGUUCUGUCAGAGAAGGUUGAUGCAUUUGGUGAAGCACCAACACAUUGCUUGGAUUCUGAAAAUACAAUGAAUGUUAAAGCCUUGGAUAAAGACCAGAAUAUGAAAAAGGCAGAGACAAAGACUGACUUCCUAUCAGCUGAUUGCGAAUCUCCAAAGAAGCAGCCUGGAAACUCAUUUGGAAAAUUAAAGGGCAUGUAUACAUAUUUGCCUUCACGAGAACGAUUUCUUGUGGAGUCAUUAGAAGAUAAUGAAGUUGUUAACACUCCCGAACAGCAUAAUCAAAACAAAAGUGGUCAGAAAUCUCUCUCUGUAGAACAUAAGUUGAAGAAAAACAACACAAAUAGCAUGCAUCCAAAAGUGGCGGAUACUACCUUUAUAUCUCCUAAGUUGGAAAGAACUAAACUACCUCACUUUGAUGAUUUUAUAAUAGAGGAAGAAGAAGGUUCAGGUGGUUAUGGAACUGUUUACAGGGCUCGGAGGAAGAAUGACGGGAAAAGGUUUGCUAUAAAAUGUCCCCAUGUUAAAGCUCAUAAACAACAUGUUGAUAAUGAGCGGAAAAUGCUUGAGCGUUUUGGGGGUAGGAACUUCAUUAUAAAGUAUGAAGGUUCUUUCAGAAGUGGUGACAGUGAGUGCUUUAUUUUGGAACAUGUUGAACAUGAUAGACCUGAGGUCUUGAAGAAAAAGAUUGAUCUAUUUGAGCUCCAAUGGUAUGGCUACUGCAUGUUUAGAGCCCUAGCAUGCUUGCAUAAGCAGGGUGUGGUGCACAGAGAUGUUAAGCCCGGAAACUUUCUCUUUUCUCGGAAUCUAAGCAAAGGAUACCUGAUUGAUUUCAACCUUGCCAUGGAUUUACAGCAAAAGUAUGCAAUUAGAAAUAAAUCAAAAUCAAAUCGUCACGUGUCCUUUGGUCAUGUGCCUCUCCCUCAAGGUAAAUCUGCUCUGCCAAACAGAGAAAAGAAGUUUGUGAGAAGUGAUAUUGUAGCUUCAAAGAAAACAGAUGACUCUAAUAGGAAUGCGGGGAAAAGGGCUCAGGUUGUUCCCUUGACCAACGAACCUAAGAUGAGUGUUGGGAAUAAAUUAAAAAGCCAGCGUGCAGAUGGCUCAGGUAUAACCUCCACUAAGGAUGUGACAGACAUGACUCCAUCCACAGAAAAGGUGAGGGAACCUCUGCCUUGCCUAGGAAGGAAAGAGUUGAUCAGCCUGGCGCAGGAUGUGAUUCUUAGUCCAAACCAUGAUGGACUAAAAUCUCCUGCUUCCAAAAGGAAAAGGAUCGCUGCUACUCCUGGCAAGAUCAACAGCAAGAUAAUUUAUACAACUCCAAUGUCUCUGCAUUUUACUGGUGCAGCUGUUUCUAGUGCUACUUUACUGAAAAGCAAAGGGGAUGGGAAACAUAAGAGAGAAGGUCCAUGUGCUGGAACCAAGGGAUUCCGUGCUCCAGAGGUCUUGUUCAGAUCUCUGCAUCAAGGCCCUAAGGUCGAUGUCUGGUCAGCUGGAGUUACCCUGCUUUACCUGAUGAUAGGAAGAACUCCUUUCACUGGAGACCCUGAACAGAAUAUAAAAGAUAUUGCAAAGUUAAAGGGCAGUGAAGACUUGUGGGAAGUGGCCAAGCUACAUGACCGUGAAUCUUCAUUUCCAGUGGAGUUAUUCGAUGUCAAAUCCUUGCCGUCAAUGAAACUACAAAAUUGGUGCAAGGCUCACACGAGGAGAUCUGAGUUUUUCAAUGUCAUUCCAAGAUCGUUAUUUGAUCUUGUUGACAAGUGCUUGACAGUGAAUCCGAGGCUAAGGAUCAGUGCAGAUGAAGCUCUCAGUCAUGAAUUCUUUGCCCUAUGCCACGAGAGCUUGAGGAAGCACAGGAUGUCCAGGCGGGACAGUAUGGGCACUCAGAAUGUUCUUGUAUAA